AUGAAAUUUUCUUCGACAAUUCUUAUUGCAGCCAGUCUCUUUGCAAGCAGCUCUAUUGUAAGCGGAACAGUUUAUAUUACGAGCCCAUACGGUUCAAUUACCUGGUAUGCUGAUAAAACGGCACUUGUCACAUGGGCAGAAGAUGCAAAGUCACCAAAAUUUUCAGAAUGGGGAGAUAGUGUUAGUGUUCAAUUGAUGACUGGUAAUACUCAACAAAUUCUCGUUGAUACCAUCGAGAAGAGUAUAAAACCUUCUGCAUUGCAGGUCAAUUAUAAAGUUAAAAAAAAUUUGGGACCAGAAGGACCUUACUACUUUAUCAAAAUAUCUUCUGGUUCAAAAAACGCAUACUCUGCUCGAUUCAAUAUUCAAGGAAUCUCGGGUACUAUUAAAGGGUUCGAUCCUAAUGCCCCAAAAACUGAACCAAAUAAUACGUCAACCGAUGAUGGCACCAAAAAUAGUUCCUCUUCAGCUUCUACCACCAAUUCCACCACUUCUACCACUUCUAACCCCUCUUCCUCAUCACCAACAUCAAGCGGAAGUGCCAAACCUUCCUCUUCUUCCACAUCCGCUGCUACAUCGAAUAAAGUUUACACUUUUACUGGAUUUGCUGUCGGUGUGCUUGGUUUGGCAUUAUCCUAUUUACCAUAG